UGUCCAGAAGAUCUGCCUGGACGUCCACAUGACCAAACACACUGGCCAUCUCCCCUUCAUCUGUGGUGAAUGCGGGCAUCGGUCAGCACUGAAGUCUAACCUGGUGGUGCACAUGCGCACACACACGGGACUCAAACCCUUCAGGUGCCCCCACUGUAACUACUCCGGAGGUAGUAACCAGAGCCUCCACCGCCAUGUUGCCUACGUUCACCUGACUGUAGCUCCCGUCGUCUGCCUGGGCUGCAGUUAUCAGCCCAACAGCAAGGGGGCGCUGAGGAAGCACUAUGGAGAGGGAGAGGACCAUCGGAGCUAUCAGUGUACAGUUUGUGAAAAGGAGCCGAUAACUUACAAAAAUGUGUUAAACCAUUUAGCUCAGCAUGUGGACAUAAAGACAGCUACGGUGGUCACGUAGGAAUGAUCACUUCCCUGAAUACGGAGAUUUAGUUUCACAUGGGUCUGAGCGUGUGGUUCUUGCCGUUACCUUAAGUUUGUGAGAAGAAGCCGAUAACUUACAAAAAUGUGUUGAACCAUUUAGCCCAGCAUGUGGACAUAAAGACAGCUACUGUGGUCACAUAAAAAUUAUCACCUCCCUGAAAAUGGAGAAUCUGAUGUUGUGUAUCGGAGCAAGGAGGUUAAAUAUAACCGCCGUCUGAGCAAGUGAUUCCAGCCGUAACUUUAAGUCUUUGAGAAGGAGCGGAUAAUUUACAUAAAUGUCUUAGACAGCUGCUGUUGUCACAUAGAAAUUACAGUAGAAGCCA